AUGCAUGUGCCCAGUAAUUUGAUGUUGAACUAUAUGGUACGCCAGUCAUUGUAUCUGGGAUUCUUCAUCACAGCCUGGGAAUUGGUCUCUGCUUUGACCAGUCAGGUGAAGGGCUAUGUCUCGAUUGUGGCAUGUCGGUUUUUGCUUGGCCUGGGGGAGCGUUGCUUUUUAGAGGCCCCCUUCUUCGCAGGCUUCUUAUUCUACCUGUCCAAGAGGUCCUCGUCCGUCAACUGUGCCAGAUGCACCACCUCUUCGUGCGUCAUAUCGGCCUUUUUGCCCAUAGUCUCCAAGUCGGAGAUGACACCCGUAGUUGGUGCCAUUGUGGAAGCCAAUUACCAACAGCGACCAGCGAUCGAGAAAUAA